GGUUGCUAGGAAGCCGCUUGGUGGAACUGCUGGAGCUGUAAUCCUACCGAGAAACUGCCCCGGCUGACACAGCGCGCGCUUGUGUUCGAAAGGAGUAACGGUUGCACUAUGAGUCAAGAUGAAAGAUUUGUUUUCAUUGCAGAGUGGUAUGAUCCAAAUGCUUCACUUUUUCGACGUUAUGAGCUCUUGUACUACCCAAAAGAUGGAUCUGUUGAGAUGUAUGACAUGAAGAAUCGCUGUAGGUUCCUGAAUCGCAUAAAAUAUGAAGAUCUGCAAUUUAAAGAUCUGUUUGUUGGCAACAAAAUCACAAUCUUUUCUCGCCAUCUCAAUUUGGUUGACUACGGAGAUCAGUAUACAUCUCGCAUGUUGGGUAGUCGCAAAGAAAGAACCUUGGCUUUAUUAAAACCUGAUGCAGCCCUCAAGCUCGGGGAAAUCAUUGAUAUGAUUUUGAAUGCUGGUUUUACAAUAACUAAAGCGAAAAUGAUGAUAUUAUCAAGGAAAGAAGCAAUGGAUUUCCAUGCAGACCACCUUGCUAAGCCGUUUUACAAUGAGCUUCUUGAGUUUAUUACAAGUGGCCCUGUUGUUGCUUUAGAGAUCUUGGGAGAUGAUGCAAUAUUAAAAUGGAAAACUUUAUUAGGACCUGCAAACUCAGCUGUGGCCCGAACUGAUGCUCCAGGCAGCAUUAGAGCAUGUUUUGGAAGUGACGGCAUAAGAAAUGUGGCUCAUGGCCCUGACUCUUUUGCUACUGCUGCAAGGGAACUGGAGUUAUUCUUCCCUUCUAGCGGAGGCCGUGGGCCUGCAAACACUGCAAAAUAUACACACUGUACCUGUUGUAUUAUUAAACCUCAUGCAAUUAAAGAAGGACUGACUGGGAAGAUUAUAAAAGCAGUAAUUGAUACAGGAUUUGAAAUCUCAGCCUUGAAGAUGUUCUACAUGGACCGUGCAAAUGCAGAAGAAUUCUAUGCGAUUUACAAAGGUGUUGUUGCUGAAUAUUCUGAGAUGGUUGUAGAACUCUGCUCAGGACCUUGUAUAGCUUUAGAGAUCAGACAAAUGGAUCCCUCAAAAGUAUUCAGAGAUUUCUGUGGACCCUCUGAUCCUGAAAUAGCCCGUCACCUCCGCCCUGACACACUUCGUGCUAUCUAUGGCAAAAACAAGAUUCAGAAUGCAGUCCACUGUACAGAUCUUCCAGAAGAUGGUCUUUUGGAGGUCCAGUACUUUUUCAAUAUCCUGGACAACUAACUGGAGAAUACAAAAUUACAAAGCACAAGCCACA